AUGGCUUCCAAGGCGGCCAGCAAACGUUUGUCUAAGGAGUAUGUUGCCAUGCAGACGUCCCCUCCACCCUUCGUCUGGGCCGCUCCGGAGGAAAAGAACAUUCUAACCUGGCACUAUCUCAUCCGUGGGCCACCGGACUCCCCGUACGCUGGUGGAGAAUAUCAUGGUGUGCUCCUGUUUCCAUCCGAAUACCCGUUUAAGCCUCCAGGAAUCAAGAUGUUCACUCCUUCGGGGCGCUUCCAACCUAACAAGAAAAUAUGUUUUUCCAUGUCAGAUUUCCACCCAGGCUCUUGGAACCCAGCAUGGAGUGUCGCAACAAUAUUGACUGGACUGCUGAGCUUCAUGUUGUCCGACGAAAUGACCACCGGUUCUGUUACAUCUGAAGACAAAGACAAACGCAUAUUAGCCGCCAGAAGCCAUGAGUGGAACCGCAAGCAGCGUGGCUUUGUGGAGAUGUUUCCUGACUAUGCAAACGAGGAGAUGAAAGACCUCCCGAACAUGGGUGAACGUGAUCGUGGCGAUUUUCCAGGGAAAUCGCAAACACCGACUGUAGUACAGUCCCCCCUCCCGAGAACGCCGUUGCCCCAGAUGCGAACUGCUUCGCCUUCCCCGGUCCCUCAACCUCCAGCAAGUGAUGAUGUCCCUAAAUCUUCCGCUUCGGUGAUUAAAGGAAACGCACCGGAUCAGCCGCCUCUCGGAUGGGCAGCCUCAUGGAAGGACGCAGCGUGGAAUCGAUGGAGAUGGGGAAUUCUGAUCGCUCUUGCAGUUGUAGUCUCGAGACUAUCAUCUAUCUGAUGACCGUUGGUUCUCGGCAUAUCCUUUUGGCUCAGCUCUUAAAAUUAUCCUAUAACACUCCAACUCUCUUUCAGUCCCUUAUUGCACAAAGUAUUCUCUAUACCAUUCUUGCUCCUUAACGGGAUUAGUCUGCCUCUUUGAGGUUUUCUGGAAACCUCAUCCUUAAUGCUGUACGUACGACGCGAUGUACAACCCUCCCAGCUUGGGCUUCUGUCUGCAUAAAGGUGUAAUUGCAUGAUAUGUAGUUGUGGAAUAUGAGGUGAUUGAUGACUUGAAUUCU